UAAUCUCCUCCUGCAGAGGGGACACACUGGGCUUAUCAGGAUGAGCCUGCCUGUGUGUCCGGGCCCCGGGGUGACGGCUUGUUGGAAUCUCGGAGCGCACAACAGCAGCGCGGACUCCAGUCAUGGCUUGCUACCCCCAGUUAGCCCAGGACGAACUAGACGGCGGCGGACGACCAGUCAGUGUAAAUCAGAGCCGCCUCUGCUGCGGACCAGUAAGAGGACAAUCUACACAGCUGGGCGCCCACCCUGGUACAACGAGCAUGGCACUCAGUCCAAGGAGGCGUUUGUCAUAGGUCUGGGGGGCGGCAGUGCCUCUGGUAAAACCACAGUGGCCAGAAUGAUUAUAGAAGCCCUGGAUGUGCCCUGGGUGGUCCUCCUGUCUAUGGACUCCUUCUACAAGGUGCUGACGGAGGAGCAGCAGGUCCUUGCCGCCUGCAAUGAGUACAACUUCGACCACCCGGACUCUUUUGACUUUGAGUUGGUCAUCAGUACGCUGAAGAAGCUAAAACAGGGGAAGAGUGUAAAAAUUCCCACCUAUGACUUCACCAGUCACAGCCGAACCAAAGACUGGAAAACCCUUUAUGGAGCGAACGUGAUAAUAUUUGAAGGGAUCAUGGCGUUUGCUAAUGCAGAACUUCUAAAGUUGCUAGACAUGAAGAUUUUUGUGGAGACGGACUCUGAUAUUCGCUUAGUACGGAGGCUGCGGAGGGACAUCUCAGAGAGAGGGCGAGAAAUCGAGGGUGUCCUUAAACAGUACCAUACUUUUGUUAAACCAGCCUUUGACCAGCACAUCCAGCCAACCAUGCGUCUAGUAGAUAUUGUGGUACCCAGAGGUAGUGGAAACACGGUGGCCAUUGAUCUGAUUGUACAACACGUUCACAGUCAGCUGGAAAAGGUGAGCGAAAGUCAAGUUACCAUAAUGUUUAUUAAGCUUCAGGGGUCGGUCACCCAAAAUUCAUACUUUAGUUUUUUGGUGCCAGAAUGCUAA